UAUAAUAUCUUCCCCCAUUCAUUAUGGCCUCUCGCUUUGGUCCUUCCUUAUACCGUUUCUCUUCUGUCAACCGCCCCACUGCCCCUGCCCCCGCCCCACGCUAUCCUUCAACGGAACCCCGACCUACUGAGCCCCGUCCUGCUUCUCCACCGUCUUCUCAUCUCAUCGCCUCACCCCCCAACCCCGUACACAAACACCCCAAGUCACCCGAGCCCAAACAGAAGGCGAUGGUCCACAAGGGCAACACCCAGAACGCGCAGCAGCCAAAUGCAAUAAACAUCGCGGGAGAAAAUGUCGGGGCGGUGAUGGAAAUCGUGGACUCCUCAAAAGGGGAAGACAAGGAUGUAGUGAGAAACGUCGACGACACUGUCAAUCAUCAAGACAAGGACGCUUCUAAACACCACAAGCCCUCAUCACUGCCCACAACCACUUUUCUGAACAACAAUUUUCAAAGCGUAAACAAUUCCCUUGUUUUCGAUGCAUCUUUGGCUCACCGUGACCCCGGUCUGCACCUCGCUUUCUCCCGGAACCGGACCGGCCACCGGUUCACUCUUCAUCACAACAAGCAACACCACGCAAUACUCUAGAAAAAA